GACGCGGAGCGGGAAGGGAAAGGAGAGGAAAGGAAGGGACGCGACGCGGCGCGGGCACGGCGGGUGCCGGGAGCUCCCGCGGCACCGCCAGCCAGGGAGGGAGCUGCUUCCCGGUAAUAGUAGAGGAUCCUGACGCUGAAUGAGAAGGCACCGGCAGCAUCCUCGUUAGUGGGAGCCCAGCUCUGCUUAAUGUUGGUUUCUUUGUCAUCAGGUCUGCUAAAAAAUGACAGAGUAUAAACUUGUGGUGGUUGGAGCUGGUGGUGUAGGCAAGAGCGCCUUGACAAUACAGCUAAUCCAGAACCACUUUGUGGAUGAAUAUGACCCCACAAUAGAGGAUUCCUACAGGAAGCAAGUAGUAAUUGAUGGAGAAACCUGUCUCUUGGAUAUUCUUGAUACAGCAGGUCAAGAAGAAUACAGUGCAAUGAGGGACCAAUAUAUGAGAACAGGGGAAGGCUUCCUGUGUGUGUUUGCCAUAAACAAUACAAAGUCUUUUGAAGAUAUUCACCAUUAUAGGGAACAAAUAAAGAGAGUUAAAGACUCAGAAGAUGUCCCAAUGGUGCUAGUAGGAAACAAAUGUGAUUUGCCUUCCAGAACAGUAGACACAAAACAAGCUCAGGAUUUAGCAAGAAGUUACGGAAUUCCUUUCAUUGAAACAUCAGCAAAGACAAGACAGAGAGUGGAGGAUGCUUUUUAUACAUUGGUGCGAGAGAUCCGACAGUACAGAGUGAAAAAAAUCAGCAAAGAAGAAAAGACUCCAGGGUGCGUGAAAAUUAAAAAAUGCCUUGUAAUGUGACAGGGUAAGUUUGUAAUGUAACAGGGUAAGUGUUGCAAAUCACUUGCCAAAUAAAACUGAUUGAGGGUGUCUUGCCAAUCAGACUUUUUGUGUCUAAUCAAUGACAUAAUUGCAGAUAUAAAACUAAUCACAUUUCAGUGUCCUGAAUAUGGAUUUGCUUUGUUUCUUGGGGUUUUGAUAAAUGGAUCAACAAGAAGUCAUUACUGCAUAUUGAAUUCUCCAGUUGGGAAAUGGAGGCACCGUUCUGAGUGGGAAGAAGUUAGGAGGAAGGAGUUUUAUUAGGAAUAUAUUGCAGAUGCUGUUGAAGUGAAUAUUGGCUGAAUCUUCAGGCUGAUGAACUGAGGGGAGAAGUUUAUGACAUUUGUAGUCCUCCUCAGAUGCAAAAAUAGGAGGUUCCUAAUCCAGCAAAACAGUGUUUGGCUGGUGUACAGGAUUUUUUAAUUCUCAGGUCCUUCCUUAUGCCAUGCUGGUUUUUUGUUCUUCCCCAGCUUAAAAACUUUACCCUUACCAUUUCUAGAAAGCCAUUAGGGUUUUUUUUUGUCAACCGUAAUGCUACGAGUGAUCCAGAUUUGGACAAAGUAAGGUUUCACCUUUUUUUGAGAGCCUUUACAAGAGGUGGGGGUUAAGCAACAGUGAAGGAACACUGGAGGAGAGAGGGGACUAAACCAAAACCAACAAGAAAGCACCAGAAAAGCCCAAUACUCAAAUUCUCAUAAAAUGAUUUUUUUAUCUAUAUAUUUCACUGUAAGAAAAAAGGAAGGAGGUGAGGACAGAAGAAACUGAUACGGAAGAAGUGCUUGUCUAAAUUACUUCCAGGGCUUUUUGAACAAACCAUUGGAGCAGCUCCUUGCAGUUAUUCCUAUCCCAUUAAUUCUUCACCUCUUACUGCACCAGUGCAGACAGUGGGUUGUUACUCAUUACAUACUUGUCCAACUGGAGGAUGACCUGAAAUAUCCAUUGUGUAAAAGAAAAACUGUUCAUUUUUCAAGGUGUGCGUUUGUACUUUAGAGUAUGUGGCAGAGAAAUAGUAGAAUUUGGGUGGUAUCCUCCAGAGAUUGUCACAUUUUGGGAAUGUUCCUUUCAGUGAGGGAGUUUUAUUUUUCUUUCUGGGGGAGAAAUUUUGAUUCAUAGCAGUUUUUACUAGAUCUGCUCAGGCUUAUUAGUCUCAGCUUUUAAGUGAUGAAUGACUGCUCAGAGGUAAUUAUUUAGUUUGGAUUUUUUUCUAAAGAAACUGGUGGAGUUCCCAUCCCUGGAGAUGUUCAGGAAAUGACUGGAUGUGGCACUUAAUGCCGUGACUUAGUUGACACGGUGGUGAUCAGUCAGAGGUUGGACUUGAUGCUCUUGGAAGUCUUUUCCAACCUUAAUUAUAUGAUUCAGUCACUUUGUGAUGCUCUUUGCAUCACAGGUUUCCUGCAGGAAACUGGAAACUUCAGUCACGAAGCUCCCCAGUCUUGCAUCCAAGUAUCACUAAAAUUGAUGCCAUCAAAACACCUUCUUUUAUCAUUCCCCUUGCUAUCAAAAACAACAAAGAGAAGCUGGGCAAGAUGACUUUUGAUGAGAGCAAUAGGAAUUAAAUUGCUUAAGCCCUGUAGCCUUCUGGAAACCAACUUUGCAGUUACUUGGUGUGUUACUGAUGUAACCAUACCACAAAGUAGAAUUUAUUCUUUUUAUACUGGGACUUGAAAGAUCCUAAGUUCUGUCUGCUUUCCCUUCCUGUCGGGAGAAUGAGAAUAGGAUGGUGGGAAUUGUGGUUUUCAGUGGAAGGAUUUUUUUUUUGCAGAUUGUAAGGUUCUUUUUUAUGUCUCAGUGAACACAUGCUUGCUUUCUACCAGCUUCCUGCUUUCUUUCUGGUGAUGUCCAAGAAAAGUAUUUUUUGGGAGUUUUGCACCUUGUUUUUUUUUUCUUCCCGUGAGGGAAAUCUGUUGUCAGCAGUGGAUAUUAUUGAGUUUUGGAUGUUUGUUGUUUUCUUUUUUUCCCUGCACCCUAUUUGCAACGUAGUCUUGGAUCAAAGGCUCUAGAACUUCAGGAGUCCACUUAGGGAAGGAAUCAUUUGUCUUUAUCCCCUAGUGAAUUCUACAUGGUAUUGAUAGGCAUUUCAGCAACUUUGUAUUUAGGGAGUUAAGCUGGAGGAAGCAUAUUCCAAAAUUAGUAUGGCACAGCUGUAGUUCAGUAGUGAUUUGAGUGGAAUGAGACGUCUGACAUUUAAACCAGCCUGGCUUGUAUUACUUUCCAGUCAGUAAAAAAAUGUAUUAUUUCAGUCUGAUGUGUAGUAGGUGGCUAAGGAGAGCAGCACCUGAUGGUGGGAGCCUUACAGCUGGGAUUUUAGACUUCAAAAAUAUUCAUUGUAACACAGAUUGCAAUGAUAGUAUUCUGUGAAUAAUCAAGUUGGAUGGUUCAGAGUAUUUUUCUCCCUCUUGGAAUAUUGUUUAUCUUCUUGUUGCCAGUGGAUGCCUUCUUAAGUUAUAUUAAUCUUGCACAAGGAAACUGAAAACUUCAACUACCCAGACUGCCAUGAACUGCUGAUGCUUUCCGAGAGUUUAAUUCCUUUGGCUGUUACACAGUAAAGCAGAAGGAACAGAACAUCUUUUGCUCCAUUUGUAAUUUCCAGCUAGCAGGGAGAAAUUUCCAAAACUCCACGUGAAAUCCUCAGAAGAACUCUUUUUGUGAAAGCACCAGAUUUUUUAACUAAAAAGCACACCACAAGCAGACAUCUAGGUAAUGUAAUUCAGGUUGAGCUGGGUUAAUAGGGAAAAGUUUGAAUUAGAAAAGUUCUGUAUUUGAAUUUAAAAAUGCCUAAAUUCUUGAGUCAAAGUGCAGUUUGACAGUUUCCCUCCAUAGUCCUACAGAGGUGUAAAGAUAACUUCUGUUCCUCCUGACUGAUACAUGUGUGUAUGUAUAUAUGCAUUCUACAUUAAAAAAAUAUUAAAAAGAACUCCUACAAUUUAGAACCUGUUUAAUGGUUAUUUUUCGGGCUGGGAUUUUAAGGAAUUCCAAAUUCCUUAUGAAUUUGGUGUUUGUUAUUGCCAGCCAGGUUUGUUGCCCAGUCUCAUGCAUGCUUUUGUGGUCAUGCAGGGACAUCUCCAGACUUCUGUAAAGCCGUGGGACCACGUGGGGCUCCAAAAGCAAACUUGUAGCCAGGAGCAGGCUGUUUCUGUGGGAUCAGUUCUGCUGUUUCUGUUCCCUCCGCCCUUUGGAAGAACAAGGCCCAGGAGCAAGGCCUGCCAGUGCACCUUUAGUGAGGCUCUGGGGUUUAGUUCUGAGCCUGCACAGGGAAUUGUGAGUUUCUAAUCUGAGCCUGGAUUUAAAGCUCUCGUUCAGUGCAUUUUAACUUCCCCCAAAGGCUUGCACACAAUAAGUGCAUUGUCAGAGGGAGGAAGGUCAGCUGCCUGCAGUCCCUUCCUACUGAAAGCUGACUGGAAAGGUUGGCAGCCUUUGAUCUCACAGUAUUGAUGCCUUCAGGGACCUUCUGGAGGCAGAGUAUCCACUACUCACAUUUAAAAUUUAAUGGGCAGGCUGAAAAGUGAAAGACCUCCCCUUUACCUUGUGUUCUCCACUUGUAACUCACAAAUGGUCUAAGCACAGUUUUGUAUGUCAUGUUCUAUUAAUGACCUGAAUUGAAGACAAAUUGUGGCAGGACCAAACAUAAUCAAUAAUUAGUGAGGCUUGGUCUACAGAGGUGUCAAUGCAAGGAUGAAAGCCAAGUCAGUUCUGUAACCUGGUCUAGCAAGAAGUGUCCCUGCCCACAGCAGGGGAUUGGAAGGAGAUGAUCUUUAACAUCCCUUCCUACCCAAACCAUUCUAUGAUUCUAUGUUGCAAUGUGCUGCAUUUAAAAGAUCAUCCUCUUACUAGGUAGACUAAAAAUGUCAGCCUUGAUUGGGACAUCAUGUGUUUAAAGUUUCAUUAUAGUAUCUGGGUAUUACUUUGUUCAAGUUAUUUUCUCUGCAUUUAUUUUAAAACAAGUUUAAUGAGGGAGGGUUGCUCGUUUGAAGACUUAAAUUGCAGCUUUUAAGUGUGUCUCAUUUGAAGGCACCAACUGAAAGCCAGUUCUGAAAGGUGGUUCUAUAAGGCAGUGUGAACAGUAUUGUAGAAGAACAUUGGGCAGGGGUUGUUCUUAUAUGGUUCUUGUGUUUUAGGAAUGAAACUGUUGUUUUGUCUGUUCUGAUAGAUUCUUAGUGCUGUCCUCCUCCUUCUUAAUACUGAAACCUGCAGUGGAAUCAUGAAAUGUUGCUACUUCUAUACCAUUUCCCUACUUGAACAUUGCUAAAUAUUCGCUUUGUGCAUUAAUGCUGAAGCUGUUAGCAAAAUACACUAGUUCUCUCUAAAGUAAUACCAAGUACUUUUAAUUUUCCAUAAACUAAUGAGUGACAUGACCUUUUUGCAGAAAUAAGGCUAUUCUCCCACUAGGCAUGCUGCAUCAAUUUUAUAUUGGUCAAUAAUGCCUCCAAAUGUAGAACAAGUUGUUUGCAAGGUCUUGGAAUAUGCAAAAAUGUGCUAUUUAUAUUGGGAGAUACACUGCCAAGGGCUUUGAACAUCAGUUGUGUGUAAAUGUUUUAUGAACUUGAAGGUUUUAAGUACAUUUAACUGUACUGAGUGCUGCUUUUUAAGUGACGCUAUUUCACACCUCCCUGUUGUUUGGACUUUGCAUAUUAAGUUUCAUCACCACUUGGAGUUUGGCUGAAACAGUAAUGAAUUCGAUUAUUUUUGGCUUUUUGUUUUUUUCAGAGUUCACUUUCAGUUCUUUACUGAAAUAGGCACAGAGGAGGAAAUGCAGAGUCUCAUUUUUUUUUUGGCAACUUGAAGGAAAACUUGUGUGGCUGAAUUUCUAGUGAUGCAUUUGGCUGCUUUGAUACAGUAACAUUUCUCAUCUAUCUAAAAGAUAUAAGGAGUAAGGCAGCAAAGAAUCAAGAAAAUUUUCAUCUUAAUGAUUUUAUAAGUGCCUGUACUCAAAUUAUUAAAUGUAAAGGUAUACUGACAACAUGGGCACUUUAGUGGGAUUUGAAGCAACCUGAGAGCAAGGCCAUAAAUUGUUUCACAUAAGUAAGUUGUAACAAAGUACAUUGUACAGCAUUGUACUUGGUAGUGGUCCAUAUCAGGCUUGUGGAUAUGCUGGUCUCUUUUGAUCAGAGUUAAUUUUGGUCAGCUGUAAUUACCCCUGAAAAUAAUGAAACGCUACUCAGUGUGAACAAACUUCAGCUUUUGUGUCUGUAGCUUAAGUCUUGGAGCCAUGGAGAUUUUAAGUGACUAUGUAGCACCAGAGAGAAUGUGUUCCAAGUGUCCUUAUCUUUCAAAGUUGACUAGAAUGAUUUAUCAAAUAACUUAUCAUUGGGACAUGGGAUUGAUUUGAUUGAUUUGCAUGUGUAAAGAUUAUAAAACUGUGGUGCGAUUAAUACACCAGUGUGCCUGAGAAAUGAUCUGAAUAUGUGGAUUAGCCAUAUUAUGUCUUUGGUAUUGAAUUAUUGGUACAAAUAUUAGAAUUCACAUUCCAGAGCUGCAUAUAGAUAGUUAAAGCAUAAAUAAAGAUAGUUAUUAAUGCCUCACAACUUCUUUGAGAGGGUAGUGAGCCCUGGCACAGGUUGCCCAGAGAAGCUGUGGCUGCCCCAUCCCUGCCAGUGCCCAAGGCCAGGCUGGAUGGGGCUCUGAUCAAGCUGGAGCAGUGGAAAGCAUUGGGAUUGGAACUGGAGGACCUCUAAGGUUCCUUCCACCCCAGGCCAUUCUAUGAUUCUAUGAUAAUAUAUACUUACAACCUAAUUGUGAGGUAUUAUUGCCUAAAUACACACUCUGUAUGUGAUACUUUACUAGCUUGAGGUGGGGCAAGGUGUGCUCUUGGAGACAGAGAAGAGGGCAGCACACACUUUCUUACCUUCCUUCCCACAUCAGCAAUGGCAUUUCACCUGUGAGGCACCUGUGUGUAACCUGCAGGAUGCCCUAAGCCCAGUUUAGGAACAGCUGAGGAAUAGGGCAGUGGGUGUCAGCUCCUGCUGGCACCAAAGCAGUUCCCUCAGGUGGUUGUGUCAGUGCUGCUCAGAAUUCCAGAGAGGAACAGGAUUAAUCCUGCAGCCAGUAUUCAUUGUUCAAAGGAUGGCAGGUAGGCAGCAAAAUGUGCUGAUGGAGCCCCCCUCACGUGGCCAGGGAAGGACACAGGCAGUACCUCAGCAAGCCUCUGAGUCUGAACCUGAUCCUAAUUUGUAUCUUUCUGUAUCUUUUCAGGGUGUUGAUGAUGCCUUCUACACAUUAGUUCGAGAAAUCA